UUAAGAUAAAUAGAAACACGACAAACUAUUUGUAACGAAAAAUAAAACAAGAACGACUUUUUUGGCAGAUACAUGCCACCGUACGCAUUGUACAAAUUUCAUAAGUUAUCAAAAAUAUAAAUAGUAUUAGAAAAAACAGGUAUAUUAUGAUUCAUGUCAAAUUAUUGUUCAUGUGAAAUGGUUGCUAUAAACAAAAGAACAGACAAGUUGGAUACACAUUCAAAGAUUUUUGUACAAUUUCUAUAUUUAUUAAAUUGUUCUUUUAUAAAUAAUUAAAUUUUUUGAAGACAUCAAUACGUUCAUGGUCGAUGAAUAAAUAUGUUAUGAUACCCAGUUAUUGAAGUUUAUUACACAUUCUCGAGAAACGGAAAUUUUCGCAAAACAUUAGAGAAGGGAAAUUAAGGGUGUAGCAGUUCGCAGCUGAUAAGUAUGGAUGGAAUGAAGAAAAUACUUUGCAUUCGUAAGAGAACUGAAUCUAAGAACGUGAGUGUAACAAACAUUGUUACUGAAUACUUGGAGAAUGCCACGACACACGGAAUUAGCAGCAUCUAUCGAACAACACGAGUUUUCCCGCGCUUAUUUUGGAUUGCUGCAGUGAUAAGUUUCCUCUGUAUCUUCAUCAUGAGCAUACCAAGGCUUGUCACUAAAAUGACAGAUCAUGGACAUGUCACUCGCGAAGAUGAUGAUGCACAAAGGACCAUGCCUUUCCCUGCUGUUACAAUGUGCAACGCAAAUCCAAUCAAAUUCAACGCUAUGGACAAAAUGUUAAAAAAACAUUUUCCUAAUGUUACUGACUGGUCAUAUGAGAUGUACAAAACGAAAGCACAUGAGUUAAUGGUAAUGUCGUUAGAAUUCAAUGAAACGCAACGUGUUUCUCUUGGUGAAGAAGCUGAGGAUUUUUUCUUUGCAGACAAAUGUUUAUUUGGCAGCAGAAAAUGCCACCAUAAGAAGGACUUCUUCAUGACUUCAAAUGUCAUAAAUGGAAACUGCUUUACUUUUAACCAUAAUGGAAGUUUGAUUCAACAGCGUGUUGGUGUAGAAUAUGGUCUUACGUUGAUUUUAAAUGUAUCCCGAUCCAAUUAUAAUAUUUACGUCAAGAAUUCUGAACUAUCACCAAUUGGUGCAUAUAUAACUAUCCAUAACCCAGGUUUCGUUCCACAUUCUCAAAGUCAAGCUUUUCUGGUCACACCAAACCAUCUUGCGCGCGUUGCCAUUCAAAAGAAAUCAAUAAAAAGAUUGAAGCAUCCAUACAGAGAUAACUGUACUGAUGGAAACACAGCUGUAAGAGCAAUGCAUCCCACUAACUACACUGUAUCUCUCUGCACACUCUUUUGCAGUAUAUAUGGAAUGUUUGACUACUGCGGUGUUGUGGAUGUAAAAUCAGCACAUAUGGCGUUUCACUUUCUUGGAAAGAAAUACAAUGUCUCCACAACACAUGCUGAUAAAGAAUGUUUGAAACGAUUUGAGGCUCAUUUCGCGAGUGGAAAUAUGCACUGCAAUUGUCCUAAUGUUUGCUUUGAAGAAUCAUAUUCACAAAGCAUCUCAACGGCCAUAUGGCCAUCUGAUCCUGAAUUGGACCAUCAUAUAGAAAAAAUAAAGGAGAAAAAGCACGUUAACGUUUCUCGUAGGAUGUAUAAAGAAAACUUUGUUGCCAUCCAGUUGUAUUAUAACAACUUUAACGUGCACAGAACCGAGCAUUUACCUGCCUAUGUUUUGCCCGAUUUCUUCUCCGAUCUUGGUGGUGCGUUAGGAUUGUGGAUUGGUGGAUCUUUUUUAUCCUUGUUGGAAUUUGGUGCAAUGUUGAUGGACAUUCUCAGAGCUGUUUUAAUAUGGUGUACGACAAGAAAGACAACAAAAAAAGCCAAUAUAAACAAACCUACACAUUAAAAUAGUUGCAAGUUGAUAGAAUCUAAUCAUUGUGGUGAUUUCAUACGUAGAGUUGAAACAAUGCAACAUUUAAUGUUAUGGUGCAUAUCUAAAAAUGCCGCGGUGACGCUACAACAAAAAGGAACGCGACGGUAAAUAACAAUACGUUUAUGACAAUAAGGCGUAAGAGAACACAAUACGCACAAACAUACUUAAAUCACUAAAUUUGUUUAACUUUGUAAAGGAGAAAACAUUCCGCACGAUUACUUUGUAUUUGCUCAUAAUUAAAAUAUAUAAGACUAGUUAUUGCACAAC